AUGAAACGUAAAAGGAGCAGGCAUGUUGUUAUAGAGCAGUUAUUUGAACGCAGUGGGCGACGUCGGCGAGCACAAAUUCCCGUCUUUACUGAUACAGGUAUCACAAACUGUACCAACUGUGAGGAUGGUGGAGAAGAAUACGGUUCCAACAAAGAUUGCUUCGAGUUACAAGGAGAAUGGAUUAAGAAGCUUUUUCUUAGCAGUCAAAGCGAUUAUUUGGCAUUUCUUUGCGGUGACCUAAUCAGAGAAUCAUUGGUGUACAAAGUGCGAAAAAGCUUGAAAGAGAUGAACGAAAGUGGUUUACUCGAUGGCGAUAUGAUCUAUGUGGGAGAAUGCCCUUGUUUUGAAGCUAAAUAUUGCCGCAAUGCUUAUUACUUCAAACAGACAUCAUGCUUAUUGGAUGAUAUUUUUGUGCUUACAAGCACAACGACGCAAAGCACUAGAAGAGGCACAUACAUUACAGAGGCGCAAAAAUCGGCUAGCACGAGCCCUACUUUGACUUCCACUCAAGAAGGGCAGGACUAUUUUUCGAGUACAAGAGAAAUAUCCGCAAACUCAACCAUGCACUUUACCCUUGACACGACCGAAACAAAAGCCGAUGAGCCUACCAAAACUCCCUAUAAAACUGAGCAGAGUUCAGACAAAAAAUGUGUUCAGUUCGUUACUCCCUUCAGUGAAGCAGCAAGUACACGAACGGAUCAAAGUCCCACAAUCACAGCAGGCCUCAGUUACUCUACCACUGCAGACAGAAAACCUUCUGAUGUUGCUGCGUAUAUCGACCAUACGGUAACACCGUCCACUUUACCAACUGCAAGCGCAAAAUUGGAAACUACGGAAACAACACCUAAUUUAGUCACGCUUACUAAGCCUUCCUCAAUGAUGAAUAUUUCGCGACAGUCAACAAAACCUGAACUUGGUACAACGGCAGAUUUAACAUCACAAGUUACUCCCUCAUUUGGAGCAACAAUUCCGGACAAUAGCAGUGAUAAGACGGCAAAAACCAGUAAAAACAAAGGAACAUUCACGACAAGUGACUCCCAAACAGUCUUCAAACAGUCUACCCUUGAUUUUGCGGGAUUGCAGUCGACUGGCUCAAAGACUUUGCCUGCAAGGAGUGGUUUAAAAGAAAAACCAUUACCAAGCAUAACAAGUACA